AUGGACAAUAGCCACAAUAACCGACCGGCUUCCCAGCUUAUUGCGGGAUUCGGUUCACCCUCGACCCCUGCCGGCGCACGAAGUACCAUGCGCCGAUCCGGUGCUAUGCGACAGUCUGGCCGUUUAAUGCAGUCGCAGUUUCAGUCUCAUAUACCCGUUCAUGAUGCGGAAAAGGAGGAGCUACGCGUACAACUAAGUACUCUCAAAUACGAGCUGGAUAACAUCAAGCAAGAGCGGGAGUUGGAGGCUCUUCGUCACGAGAAAGAGACUCGCGAUCUGCAAUCAAAGGCAGAUGCCGACUUUCGAAAGGCGCAGACUGCCGAAUCGGCGAGCAAUCGGGCCACCCAUAAAAGCGAUGCACUCGCGAAGGAACUGAAAGAAACCCAAGAUCAAGCUCUGAAUGAGAAGCUUGCUUUUGAACGCAAGAUUAGAGGUCUUCAAGAUGAGAACCAGAAUUUGCAGGAAGAAUUCAACGACACGCAGGCUCAGCUUUCCGACCAAGAACGACAAUUCAAAUACCAAAUCAACGAGCUGGAGACUGUCCGCGCCUCUUUACAAAAGACCAUCGAAGAACUCCACGCCGAUCUGCAAACUGCCAGGACAUCGCAGGAGUCAACGCAGGAGAAAUUGUCACAACGUGAAACUGAGGUAGCCGAACUUGAAGCGGAGAACAUUCGACUGAAAGCCGAAGGGAACGACGCCGAAGCUUUGGCUGUCCUUAAGAGGGAACUUUCUGAACAGGUGAAUCAUAUUCGGGACUUGGAGACAGCGAACCGUGAUCAAACGACGGAACUGCGUCACCUUCGCAAAAUCUCGAAGAAUGUCGAAGUUAUCGAAGAACAAAAGAGAUCGUUGGAGAAUCAGCUCCAGUUGAUGAAAGGGUUCGAAGCAGAACUCGGCACAGUUCAGAUUCAAAAGCAAAUCUUGGAAGAUGAGCGACAAUCUUGGACUAGUCUUUUGCAGGAGAAUGAGCAAUCCGCCGAAUUUGACUCCCCAGAAGCCGUGGUGAGAGCGCUGGUCCAAGCACGAAUUGAGAUCGCCACACUUCUGGACCGUCUUGGCACUGCUGAGGCACAAUUCCUCGAGAAGGAUGAAGCUGUCAAGAAUCUUGAAAAUGACAAAAUCAACUUGCGUCAGGAAUUGGAAAAACUUCGAGUCGCAGCCACCGCGUCCACAGGAGGAGCGGGUGGCGCGGAUUUCCGACUUCGAGCUCGCCUUGAGCGUCAACGUGCGCUCGCAGUGAAAGAAGUUGAAUACCUGCGUGCGCAGCUAAAGACAUUUGAUGCAGAAGAGGCCACCAUGAACGGAGAUCAGACACAGUUCGACGAGCAAAAGGCCGAACAAAUCAGUCAUCUUGAAAAGCUCGUCGACGAAUACCGCUCUGAGCUUCACAAGGUGCAUGAGGAGCUCUCUAAGCAGGAGGCGCCUAAAGAAAACGAAGCCGAAACAAGGGGCGUCAAACGACCUCUAUCUCCCGCCAGUAGCGAGGCUGAAACCGAGCGCCUCGCUGUCCUCACCCGCAAGAACCGCAAGCUCCAAGAGCAUCUGACCAAGUCAGAACAGGCGACCACACUCGCUCGCCGGGAACUCGAGGCAGCUAAGUCACAGAUCAAGUCUCUGAAGGCCAAGUCCCGGACACGCGUCCUUGAACUACGCGAUAAUCCGACCGCCCAGACCGAGAAGAUCAAAAUGACUACUCUCGCCACUCUCCAGGCUGCAAACAAAGACCUUCUUGCACAGCUCCGCGGUGGCCACACCGAUGUCAAGGUCGUCCCAGUCAGCACACUGGAAAGCAUCAAGUUGGAGAUGCAAGACAUGGAGCGGACCGUCGCCGACAAAGAGAAACGUAUGCGCCGCCUAAAGGAAAUCUGGACAGCCAAGUCAUCCGAGUUCCGGGAAGCCGUCGCCUCUCUCCUCGGCUUCAAGCUUGAUUUCUUGCCAAAUGGUAGAGUGCGCGUCACUUCCAUGUUCCAUCUCUCGGCGGCAUACCGGCACGGCGAUAGCGAUGCGCCUUCUGACUCUGGGCCUGGCAGCAUGGGCAAUGGGGAAGAGAACUCGAUUGUUUUCGAUGGUGAGAAUGGUACCAUGAAGGUCUCGGGUGGACCGAAUAGUUUGUUCGCGAUGGAACUCAAACCUCUUAUCAAGUUUUGGGUCGAGGAGAGGAAGGAUAUCCCUUGUUUCCUGGCUGCCAUGACUUUGGACUUCUAUGAUAAGACUACCCGUGCAGCUCGGAUGUGA